UUUCGUAUGUGAUUCCGAUGUCGAGUUCUUGACUCUUGAUCGUGUUCUGAUUCUGGAUUGGUUCGGAUUUUGAGGGUUUUGUUUGGGGGAAUCAUUGGGUUUCAUCGGUGCCGAACCGCCGUGAACAGUUUCGUUUCUGAUUUCUCGCUAUACUCCGUCGAUAACGUUGUCUCGCUAUUCGUCGAUGAGAUACUAUUUUUCGUGCUCCCGUUAAAGAGCGAUUCCGUGGCUUGAAUCUCCAAACUUGUGGGGAUGUGGCAGACUUAGUCUCUGCCAAUUUUCUAUGGAGAACUCAUCCACUUUUACUUCCUAAAAUGAAGGCAAGCGGUACAUCUGUCGGUCUAAUGGAAAAUAUCUCGAGUUUUGUUGUCAUUUAGUUAGGCAUUUGGAUGCAAUAUUGUCAUCCUCGGAGAUUAUUCUGCAGACUCGUUCUGAGCCUUGGAAUCCGUUGGUUUCGACUCUUCUCUGGAUUCCUUGCUUCAUUCUCCAUUCUACCCCUCUCCUUUCGUCAGCAUUCUUCUAUACUCUACAUCGUAUUAUUGAGUUCCUUGGAAUGGUGGCGAUCGUGUUUGGCACAUGUUAUUGCAACUUUCUCUUGUUGUAGAAUAUUUGUCACGUGAUGACUUGAAAGUUUUACUGGGCAAAUCAUAUUCUACUUGAAGAUACUGCUUCACAUGUGCAAUAUUUUGGCAGCACAACUUCUGCUGAGCUUGAAGUUUAUGGACACCGAACAGUUUCAGAGGUUGCGGGACCUAAAGCAGCUGGGUCUUACAUGCAUGGUCUAUCCAGGAGCUGUACACACUCGAUUUGAGCAUUCCCUGGGUGUUUAUUGGCUUGCUGGGGAGGCAGUUCGUUGUCUUCAAACGUACCAAGGAUCAGAGAUCGACAUCGACUGCUAUGAUGCCCAGACAGUUAAACUUGCAGGACUCUUGCAUGAUAUAGGCCAUGGACCUUUCAGCCACAUGUUUGAGCAUGAGUUUUUUCCUCAAGUCCUUCCUGGAUCAAAAUGGUCUCAUGAGCAGAUGUCAGUGCAGUUGGUGGACUACAUGGUUGAUCAGAACCAUAUUGACAUUGAUUCUGAUUGCCUUAGAAAAGUUAAAGAUAUGAUAAUCGCUAGUUCAAAGUUCGAUGUGAAAAAGAGUUCAGAAGAGAAGCAUUUUCUGUAUGACAUUGUUGCUAAUGGUCGCAAUGGAAUUGACGUGGACAAGUUUGAUUAUAUUGGCCGUGAUUGCAGAGCUUGUGGUCUUGGCUGCAACUUCCAGUUUCAAAGGUAAGCAACAUCUGUACUGUAUUCAUUAUUUUCUGCAUGCAAUUUUUUAAUAUUUUGGAUAGGAUAUCCUUGUU